GUUCGACACUGAUGAUCCUUCUCGAGUCGGAAAACAUCCUCAUCCGCGAUGUCCUCACGGACAAGUUCGCUCGCCCGUCUGGCGUCGAUCAGACGCUGUCGGACUUUGACGGCGUGGGCUACCACAUCGAAAGCACAAAGACGGGGCCCCUGACAAUCUCGAUGGAUAUCCGAUGCUGGAAGCAGCUCGAGGCUUGCGGGGCGAUGGAGAUCCUGCAGAGGGAGUACGGGUCGUGGAUCAAGCCCGCAGCAGAGAGCGGGUAUAGCGUCACGCUGGAGUUUGAUUAUGCCAAGGUGCCGGCAGAGGGUCCCGAGCGCCAAGCACUCAUCCAUGCGGUGUCGCUGUUGAAGCGCAAUGCGAUGGCUGCGCCCUUUGAGCGAGCAUUUGCGCUUCAGAAGCAGCUCGAGGCCGCGGCCGAAGGUCAGAAUCCACAAGCUGUCUCGGGAAGCGGGGCGACGGACAUUAUGAGCAUCAACUAUCGAGACGAUGAAGCGUUCUACGUCAUCCCAGCCGUCGACCGAGUCACUGUCGUCUUUUCUACGGUCUUCAAGGAAGAGACGGACCGGAUCUUUGGCAAAGUCUUCUUGCAGGAAUUCGUCGACGCAAGACGCCAACCAUCGAUCCAGAAUGCGCCUCAGGUCCUGUACAGCAACCGCGAGCCACCGCUCGAAAUUCGCUCGAUCCCUGGGCUGAAUCGCGGUGAAGACGUGGGCUACGUCACCUUUGUCCUCUUUCCGAGGCACUUUACCCACCCAGAGACAAUGGCCGCCACAAUUUCAAGGAUCCAGCUCUUCCGUGACUACUUGCACUACCACAUCAAAUGCUCAAAAGCAUACAUGCACAGUCGUAUGCGGCACAGGGUCGCAGAGUUCCUCAAGGUCCUUAACCGCGCCAAGCCGGAGCAAGCGGAGAAGGAGCGAAAGACAGCGAGUGGGCGUACAUUCCGCCGCGGCUGAAUCUGUACGUCGAGCCAGACACAGAGAGAAACGUCUGAUGAAUUGGAUUUGUGGCACAUUCGAUGCUACUAGGCAUGCCUGUGCUUCGAAAGAUGAGAGAUGAGAGAUGAGAGAUGAGAGAGGGAACUAAUUGUCCAAGUAUUAUGUCUGGUUGUGAGGAGAAUGAGAUGCUACAGUGCUGACA